AUGGCGAUGCUCAAACACUCCAAUUACGCCACAUCCAGCUCGAACACUAUGCAUGCUUAUGAAGGCUUCUACCUCCUUAUGGUUCUUGGCAAUAAUGGCUACUACCUCAGAACCUGGGCGAUCGAGGAACACCCAUAUCUAGAGUUUGCAUCAAGUGACAUUGGAGACCUGACUAUGGGGAACGAGAUAUGGGUUGACUCCGAUGAUUCCACCAUCAACAACUCGGAUACUUUGUUUUGGCCCGUUAGAGUUGACAAAAAUGUGGUCACUCUCCGCAACUUUGGUAACAACAAUUUCUGUAAUAGACUUAGUACUGAGGGCAAGACCAGCUGUCUCAAUGUCGGGGUCUCCACAAUUUCCAGGGAGGCACGCCUGGAGGUGAGAGAGCUUGUUUUAUCAAGAAACAUCUAUAAUGUCAAUUUUUGCCUCAUGGACGUCAGGAUCUACGACCAGAGGGUCAUCGUGAUGACUAUCGGAGACGCCAUUAACAUGAACCAAGAACCCCACACUCAACAGGUGAAGCUCUCGUAUACAGAGACUAAGAGCUGUACUUGGAACGGUAGUGUCUCAUCGAAGUUGGGUAUCCAAAUCACUAUAGAAAGCGGCGUUCCAUUCAUCACUGACGGCAAGUUAGAAAUUUCGUCCGAGUUUAGCGGUACAUAG